GUACUCCAUAUCUUGUGUUGUCUCUUGUCCACUGCCUCGGCCGAGUUCAUUGGCUUCAUCAGAAGUACGAGUGCAUGUUUCAGUGAGUGCUUACAAAAUGGCCAAAUCCCCUUGAACUCGGGGGCAAUGGCUUCAUCUCCCCCAGCAGCACACCAUGGAUCAACUGAUCAUGACGGGGCCAUUUUGCCCGCCGGCUCCCAAUGACAAAAUCACGAUCCCAGCACUAAUGACGAAGUACAACCCCGACUCCGUCCCUGCUGAUAAGGUGGUACAUGUCGAUACUAUCGCCAACAAGAGUCUCACAUAUGGCGGUCUCCGAGAGCAAGCUGCCAGGUGCGCAUGGGGACUGCAGCAUACAAUGGGCAUGAAGGAGCAGGACAAGCUGUUGGUCAUUCUUCCCAACUCGACCGACUUCGUGAUUCUUGCGCACGCCACGCUGUGGCUUGGAGCUAUAUUUUCACCCCUCAAUCCAUCCUCAUUAGCCAAAGACAUUGCCCAUGCUCUAUCGUUGGUCCAACCGAGCCAUAUCGCGAUUGACCCAAGCAAACUCGAGGCCGUCAAUUCUGCCUUUCAGGAGCUUGGCUGGGGAGAAAGUGCACGUCCGAGAGUGUUCACGGUGCUGAGAAGGUCUGGAACUCUCAAGCUGUUCCCCGACGACAUUGCGGGCCAAACCCCUGACCAGUCGCUUCCAAUGUUCGACUUGCGCGGGAGAAGCACCAAAGACGUGACCGCCAUGAUUGUGUUUUCAUCUGGGACGACGGGAAAAAUCAAAGGAGUGCAGUUGUCACACUACAGCAUAGUCUCCAACAUUAUCCAGACGCGAAUCUCAAUGCCUUGGAUGAUGAAUCACGCCUCACGAGAAGUCUUCUUUCCACCAUAUUGCCAUGUCUAUGGUCUCGGGGUUGUGGUGUUUUGCGGCAUGUGGGUAGGCUCGUUCACCUGCGGAAUUCCGGCCUUUAACCUGGACUUGUUCUGCCGCAAGAUGGAAGAGCACCGAGCGACAUGGGCUCACAUAGUUCCGCCUGUCGCCAUCCAACUGGCGAGCUCGGAUAUUGCUGCAAGGUACCAGCUGUCGUCGAUAAAGAUCAUCCUCAUCUCGGCCGCUCCGACCAAAAGAGACCUCCAGAUGAAACUGAAGGCAAGGUUUGGGAGUGAUGUCAAGAUCGUGCAGGGGUAUGGAAUGUCUGAAUGUUCGCCGACAGUGCUUCUGCAGAGUCCCCUCGACGAUGAGAACAACAUUGGUACUGCAGGAAAGCCAGUUUGUGGAACUGAACUUCGACUUGUCGACCCCGUGACGUUGAAGGACGUUGCGCCGGGAGAAGAAGGCGAACUCUGGGUUAAAGGCCCUCAGACAAUGAUGGGAUACUACAACAACGAACAAGCCACGCGAGAGACUUAUGUCGGUGACUGGCUCCGGACCGGCGAUAUCAUGCGGGUGGACGAGAAUGGCAACUUCUGGGUUACCGAUCGAUUAAAAGAGCUGAUCAAAUACAAAGGUUUCCAAGUGCCACCCUCAGAACUCGAAGACCUGCUCUUGAAACAUCCCUCCGUGGUCGACGCCGCCGUGACUUCGAUCUACUCGGACGAGCAGGCCACCGAACUCCCCAUUGCAUACGUGACACUUCCUGCAGACACACCCGCGUCUCAAAAGCAGGGACUGCUCGUUGAAAUCCGCAGCUGGGCUGACGGGCAGGUGGCGGGCUACAAGAAGCUGCGUGGGGGAGUGUAUGAGUUGAGCAAUCUGCCCAAGACACCAUCGGGAAAGAUCCUGAGACGAGAGCUGCCGUGCAAAAAGGCACAGUCGGAGGGCAGAGCUGCGAAGAUUUGAUAGAGGGG